AUGGGAGAUGUCCUGGUAGAAAGAGAGACGUCCGCCGACCCAGAACAUGAAGUGAGCAUUGAAGAGCCGACCCUCUCGGCAGUAGAAGCUGAGGCGAAGCGAAUUCUGCAAGGGAAUGGAAUCACUAAGGAUCAGCUGGUCGGUCUGUGGGACCUCAUCCCCAAAGCCAAAUGUAUGAAGGAUCGAAGAGGUGCACUCAUGGCGGCCUUUGGCAUGAGUAGCAGGUCCCGCAAGCACCCCUUCAAGAUGACACGCACACUGCCGAAUGUCACCGAGGUUCUGAACCUGUCGUGUACCGAGGCUUUGAGGGUCGACUCGUCAAAGGACACCACUGGGACAUCCGAGCGAGGAGCCCUGCACAUACAUGAAUCGCUGCACCUCGAGCUGAGGGAGCUGGGCUUCUGUGUCCCGCAUCCGCAGGCUAUCCUGUCGGCAGCGCAGGACCACCUGCAUGAAAGUGAGCAGAUGACGACCCAGCAUCAGCUGACUCUUAGGGAAGCCUUUCGCUCGAGCCCUAGCCAACUGUGGAGGAGACGUCAGGCCCCCAGCGCGCCCGCAACAUCGGAGGUAGAACUAGUGCUCUCUUCCGACGAAGAACGUGAAGGGCCGGUUGUGGAUGUCCCUUACAAACGCAGGUGCUUGGCGGUGCUCUGUAGUGACUCCCUGGAAGAGAAUGGUCAGCAUGCUGCAGAAAUCGCGAGUGAUGGUGAGAAUGAACCGUAA